AUGGAUACCUCCAGGAGUUGGAUGUAUGCUAGGAAGCUUCCAAAUGGACUAUUGAAUCCAGAGUUUCUUAGUGGGUUGGAAGCAUUUAUCAAUUUUGCUUGUAGUAAGCCAGAAUUUAUGGACGGGAGUAAAAUAAGAUGUCCGUGUGCAAAGUGCAUAAAUCGAAAGUACCUACUUGCGGAUGAUGUCAAAUUUCAUCUUGUUAGUAAGGGGUUUAGACCUAACUAUCUAAAAUGGACUGCACAUGGUGAAUCGUUGUGUUCUUCAACGUAUGCCAUUGAGGUCCAUGUUCCAAGGCAAGAACAUUUCCAUGGUGACACUAACCCAUACCGUAAUAUGGUAUUUGAUGUUGCUGGUCCCCAUUUUCAAAAUGCUAUGGCGGAUGUUCCUUCACUAGAUAAUGAAGUUGAUAAUAUGGAAGAACUGCCAAAUCCAGAAUCGAAAAAAUUUUAUGAUAUGCUAAAAGCAACUGAAGAGGAAUUGUGGCCUGGUUGUGAGAGGCAUUCACAAUUAUCUGUCGUAGCUCGAAUGUUGCAUAUUAAGUCAGAAAAUCACUUGUCCGAGAAAUGCUAUGACCAGAUUGUGAAUUUUGUGAGGGAAGUUUUACCAGAUGAAAAUAAGUUUGUUGAUAGUUUUUACAAGACGAAGAAGCUUAUACGGGGAUUGGGUCUACCUGUGGAAAAAAUUGACUGUUGCAAGCUUGGUUGCAUGAUAUAUUGGGGAAAUGAUAAUAUUUUAACUGAAUGCAAAUUUUGUGGGCUGCCAAGAUACAAGCCUCGAAGGGGAUCAAGUAAGACAAAUGUAGCAUGGAAGAGGAUGUAUUAUUUUCCUUUGACACCAAGGCUUCAGAGACUCUAUGCUUCUGAGGCAACAGCUGCAAAAAUGCGGUGGCAUGCUGAGCAUAACAUGGAAAAUGAUGUCAUGUGUCAUCCGUCUGAUUCUGAGGCAUGGAAGCACUUUAAUCGCACCCACCCAAUGUUUGCAGCUGAAAUUCGGAAUGUCAGGCUGGGAUUGUGUACUGAUGGAUUUCAACCAUUUGGACAAUCAGGACAGCAAUACUCGUGUUGGCCAGUAAUAAUUACCCCAUAUAACUUACCACCCGGUAUGUGUAUGAAGGAGCCAUAUUUAUUUUUAUCGAUAAUAGUACCUGGGCCACAGAAUCCCAAGCAUCGAUUAGAUGUCUAUUUGCAACCAUUAAUUGUUGAAUUAACUCAAUUAUGGCAUGUGGGGGUGCAAACAUAUGAUGCAUCUAAAAAGCAAAAUUUCCAAAUGUAUGCUGCUCUUAUGUGGACAAUUAGUGAUUUCCCUGCUUAUUCGAUGUUGUCCGGGUGGAGCACUGCUGGGAGAUUAGCAUGUCCAUAUUGUGUGGAUUAUUCAGAUGCAUUUUCAUUGAGUCACGGGGGGAAAAUUAGUUGGUUUGAUAAUCACCGUAAGUUUCUUCCACAAAACCAUCCAUUUAGACGAAACAGAGUAAAUUUCCUUAAAGGAAAAGCAUGCACAAAUGAGUCUCCUCCAAUUCUAAGCAGUGAAGACACUUUUUUGCAGAUAGAGGAUUUAGGACUUAGGAGGGUAACAGAUAGUGAUGGUGAAGCCAUCAAUGCUGCCAUAGCCAGAAACACUGGUUGGCGAAAAAGGAGCAUAUUUUGGGAUUUACCAUAUUGGUCUUCCAAUCUCAUUCGACAUAACUUAGAUGUCAUGCACAUCGAGAAAAAUAUCUUUGAGAAACAAAGGAUAAUGCAAAAGCAAGAGAAGAUAUGA